AUGACCCCAUACCGGCUGGUAUUUGGGGAGAUGUGCCAUCUGCCGGUGGGAGUGGAGCAUCAAGCUUACUGGGCAGUCGAGGAAAUGAAUAUGAAUACCGAGGCUAGAGUUGCAGAGAGGAGAAUGCAGCUACAAGAGCUUGAAGAGCUCCGUCUGGAUACGUAUGACUCUGCCAUGUGGUUCAAGGAAAAGACUAAGAUGUGGCACGAUAAGAACCUUUGCAAGAAGGAACUUAAGGUGGGCCAGAGGGUACUACUGUUCCAAUCCAGACUGAAAUUGAUGCCAGGGAAGCUUAGGUCAAGGUGGAUAGGGCCUUAUACCAUUAUCGCCAUCCGAACGAAUGGAGCAAUCGAACUUCAGGAGAGCGAUCCAGAUUCGCCUUCCUUCAUGGUGAAUGGUCACAGGGUGAAGCCGUACAGAGAAGGAAUGAAGGCAUUUAUGGUGGACGACAUUCCACUACUCAUGCCUAACUCUCGACAGUAA